AUGUCUUGGCUCAGCGCACUGACCGGGAUGCAACCGCGCCGCGUGAGUGACCGCUACGCGAUGCCCAAGCCCACAUGGCAACAAAAGGUGCAGCACUACGCUCCGAUCUUCCGUUGGCUGCCCAACUACAGCAUCCAACGCGACCUCAAGUUCGAUAUCGUGGCCGGUAUCACUGUGGCCAUGAUGCUCAUUCCGCAAGAAGUGUCGCUCUCCACCAUCAUGCACGUGCCGGCGCACCACGGUCUGUACACAGCCGCCACAGCUCCAUUGGUCUACGCCAUCUUCGGUUCCAGUACGGUAUUAUCCGUGGCCAGUGGCUCCGAGGUGUCUCUACUCGUAGGCUCGACCCUCGAGGACAUUGAAGACGAUGACGAACGUGUGGCCACGGGCAUCUUCAUGGCCUUUGUCAGUGGCUGUGUUCUGCUUCUGGUCCGUAUACUGAAUCUCAGUCAAAUCGCCGACUUCUUCUCUCGUCCAGUCAUGGGCGGCUUCAUCUCGGCCGGUGGGCUGCUCAUUAUGCUGUCACAAGUGCCCAAUGCGUUGGGUCUCAAGCUGAAAUCUCAGGAAUAUCCACCUGCAAAAGUGGUGCAAAUCUUGGAACACAUUGGAGAUACCAACCUGAACGCCUUCGCAGUGGCCGCAGUGUCCUGUGCCUAUCUUAUCGCCGUCAAGAUGAUCAAAAGACGCUUCUUCCCAUCUCCCGUCCUUAUGCAACUAUUCGAGAGUGACACGCCACAGGUCAAAGAGAAAGGGAAACCAGACGAAGAGGAAAAAUUUAUCCAACAGCAACCGGCCAAUUCCGGCCACGGAUUUUCCCUUACAGACCAGCAAUUCAAUGCCUACCACACUCAGCACACGCCCCAGGAGGAACGUGAGUCGUUGGCGGAUGCUGGUAAAGUAGAGCAGCCUCCCAGGUCCAAGGGAGUUCUCCUCGCAAUCUUCCUCAUGCGUACACUCUGUGACUUGGGUCCUCUCGUCGUCUGCAUCUUUGGCGGCAUUGUUGGCUACAUUCUUGGACCUUCGCACCUGAAACUCACAGGUGAGAUCCCUGGAGGCUUCCCGGAGCCAAAAGUGCCAUGGUACGGCUUCACGUCACACCUUAUUGACGGUGACCGCUUCGGUACUAUCAUGUACCAUGCGUUGACGGUAUCCGUAGUGGUAUUUCUAUCCAGUAUUGCCAUGUCCAAGCGUCUUGCUAUCCAACGUGGCGAGGAUAUUAACACAGAGCAAGAAUUAACCGGUAUUGGCGCUGCUAGUGUCGUAUGCGGAUUCUUCCAAGCCAUGCCCCCCACGGGCGGUAUGUCUCGGACGGCCGUGAACUUGCAGAACGCACACACGCAACUAGCCUCGAUCUUCACGUGUCUCAUCGUGGUGCUUGCUCUGUACACACUUACGAGCACACUGUACUACUUGCCAAGUGCCACACUAGCCUCAAUUAUCAUUGUGGCAGGUUGGACUCUGGUCGAGUUCCGUGAGGCCAAAUGGCUCUACCGUGUCAAAUGUGAUGAGUUUUUCGUAUGGGCAGCCUCGUUCGCAUUGACUUUGGGUCUAGGUGUGCUCAACGGUCUCAUCGCGUCGAUUGUCUGUUGCGUCUUGGCACUUAUGUGGAAGUCCAAGGUGCAACCUGUUGCCAUUCUGGGGGAGCUGGAUAAUGGCAGCUUUGUCGACCGUGAAAAUUUCCCCGAAGCGAACAAUUUGGGUGACGUAAUUGCCGUUCGUGUGGAAAGUUCGCUCUAUUUUGCCAAUUGCGAACGUGUGGCUCAUUUCAUUGAGCGAGAGAUGGUGCGUCUGUCGACGCUGGGUAUCACCACACGCGGAGUAGUGCUGGACACGUUCCACAUGAACGACAUGGACGCCACGACGAUCCAGGUGUUGUCGGACACGCAGGAGAAGCUGGCGGUACGCGGAGUGCGUUUUGCCAUUGCCAACGCCAAGAGCCGUUUGUAUGAUCUUUUGGCUGCCACGAACCUACUGAAGCGCAUUCUGGCAAAUGAUCCGACCAUUUCGGCCGAAGAUGCCGUGAGUAUGAUGCGUGAGCUCCCACCUCCAGCUGACAAGUCGAACGCUGCAACGUCGACGGCUAGCAACCCCGUGUAA